AUGGGUUUACAUGUAUAUAUGUUUUCAAAGGCAGCGUUAACAAAUCAUGAUUAUGAUAAAUAUAUACCUGAUAUACAUAUCAAUCUUUACAGUAUCGUUUUUCUUAUACCGGGGUUGAGACGGGCUGCUGUAUUGAUAGAAGAGGGACGUUGGGUUAGGGCCUUGGGGGAGAUGAGCGGAUGGGAUGUUUGGACUCGGCAAUUGCUGCAUAGAAAUAUUGAUGGAGUUUCAUAUGUCAGCGCUCAUCACGGUGGAUUAUUCGGUUUUGAUGGUAAAUUGUGGGCGGGAACAGACGACUUCAUGAAGCGGAUAAAUCCGACCUCCUUGAAGAAAAUGCACGACGCUAUAGAUCGUGGAGCGGCCGCAGUCAGUAAGGUAGAAUUGGGCGGAAAGAAAUACUUCGUUUUAAAAAACGAUCCGUCAUCCAAUUUUGUUAUAUUGAAAUCUACUGACCGGGGAGCAGGCUGUACCGUGGCUAAAUCUAAUACAUGUUUGGUUGUGGGAAUUUAUGAUAAUGAUAGUGUACAACCAGCUAAUAACACCAGCCAAAUUUGUGACAUCAGAGAUCAUUUAGUGGAUGCUGGAUACUAAAUAUCAACCACCUUCCAAAGAAAAACAUUGCGUUUUUUUACGUCCACUAUCACAUCAAAGUUUCGAUGCAUUUUUUAUGAACCAUCAGAAACUUUGGGGCUUUUUUAGCCUUCCAAUAGGACCAAGUCUCAAUGAGGUAACAUUCCAAAGAUUUUGAAUAUGGAACUAAAAUAGGGCCAAUAAUGAUUGAUACAGUCAAUAUUUUGCAUGGGACAAGUGGUUAGGGUAAUGCUUAAAGUGGAGGUGUGGUUUUUUUCAUAUGUUUUUCAAUUCAAUUGUAAAUAGAGUGCCUUUUUCUAUUGAAUUGGAUUUGUUAACAUUUGAAUUUGAAUUUCUAACCACUGAAUCUGAAUUUGUUAAGAAAUUGUUAACAUUUAAAUCUGGAUUUGUUAACAUUUGAUUUAUCAAUGUUUGAAUUUGGAUUAGUUAUCAUGUCAAUCUGGAUUUGGUACUGUUUUAUCUGGAUUUGUUGUUUCAAUCUAGAUUUGCAAAUGUUAACAUUUGACUCUUGAUUAUUUGAAUCUGAAUUUGAAAAUGUUUGAUUUGUUAACAUUUGAAAUUGAAUUUCUAACAACUGAAUUUGAAUUUGUUAAGAAAUCGUAAAUAUUUAAAUCUGGAUUUGUUAACAUUUAAAAUUGGAUUUGUUAUCAUUUGAAUCUGGAUUUGUUAACUUUUAAAAUUGGAUUUGUUAACAUUUGAAUCUGGACUUCAUAUGUUAACAUUUGAAUUUAUUAUUUUUAUAAAAAGUAUAAAAAGCAUGUAAAAUGCCUCUGACAUGCUUAUAUUUUGUAUAAUAAUGCCUUCUAUUUAUGUUAUUGUAUUUUACAAAUAGUAGCCUAUUCAAAGUGUUCAACAGGUUAAAAUGUCUCUAUUUCCUGUAAACCUUGUAUUAUAAAUGCCUGUGAUUUAUAAUAAUGUUGAUUUAAAGCACAUAACCUUUGAAAAUGCCUCUGAUGUGUUUACAUAACUUAUUAUAAAUACCUGUUAUAUUAUUGUAUUUUAGCAAUAAUAACUUAUGUUGGUAAGCAUUUGAAAAAUGCCUCUUAUGUAUAUAAAUGCAUUUAAAUUUUGUAUUAUAAAUGCCUUGUAAAUGAUUUGCAGAUGCCUUUUUGUCUGCCUUUGUACAAAUUUUUAAGUAUAACUUUAUAAAGGCUCUUUUAUGCCUUGUUUUUCAUUAACAAAUUUUUUCAAAUUUAUUUUAUUAUAUAUAAGCCUGCUUAAAGAUAUUUUUUUGGUAGAACACAACUCAUUUUAUGUGUUUAAAGUAGGGGCCAAUCUUGUCUACGGUAUAUAUACAUAAACUCAAGUUUAUUUUUGAUAUAGUUAUAUUUUAAUAUUUUAAUAAGCUUAGAUGACUUUAUUUUAGUUCAUCUUGAUAAAGCAUAUUCAAUAUUAUAUUAUAACAGUCAACUUUGUUAUUGUUGUUAUACUUGUUAUACUUGUUAUUAUUACAUUGUAAAUAAUCAUUAUAACUAAUUUAUUAAUAAAUAAUCUAUUUUUUUUUUUACAU